UAAUAAAGCGUCUCGUGCAGUUCCAGGCUCCUCCGACAGAGGGCGCCGUGAGCCAGUGGGCGUUGAAUCUUGGAUUUUCCAGCGACGCUGCAGACUGCGCUGCGUGUCUUCCCGGUCUUCAUCAAAACUGACUGUUUCUUCUCUUCCUGAACGAGAUGCACGGUUCCGACCUGGAACUGGAUUUCUGACUACGUGAUUUUGUCCUUCCUGAGGGCCUUACUAGAGCUGAUUGAGAAAUGUGCGAUAGAGAGGAACCGUUACGGAAUAACAACCUGCCGGCUGAUGGGAACGCCAACGAUAUCAGGACAGAUGACAGCCGGAGAACAGUCGGCAGCACGGCUCUGUCCGGUCAGGACAAGGUGGUCAUCUGGGGUACGGAUUCCCAGUGUGACGACCCCGAGCUGGCAGAGUUUGAGAUGCUGGAGUGUCAGGAACUGGAGGCGUACCUGGUGGAGGAUGGAGAUGAUUUUGUCGGGCUGAAGGAUCGCAACAACGAUCCGCCGCCUUCAAGCAGCAGAACCACAGAAGAACCGGCGACUGAGCAGUCUCAUGGUUCUGCUUCAGCUGCUAUGAACAACAAGGAAAGAACUUCCCAAACAGAAAAUACGCCAAAACAUCUCAAGUCUUGCGUGGAUUUGAAUUGGAAUUCCACUCUUGACUCAAAGGAUCUUCAAGCACAAGUCAAACACACGGAAGAGGAGCACAACAGGAACAACAAUCACUUCAAUAAAGCUUUCAAGGGGGCCGCUGAACGCAAGGCCUCGCCUGUCAAAAAUGCGAAAAGCAAGAAAAGCACUCAAGCAGAUGAGCUUUCAGACGGGAACGCAAGCCCUCGGAAAAUCAAAGCCUCUCCGCCCAAAGUUGUGAAGAAACAAGCAUCGUUUGAUAACUCUCUGAAAAAGCAGAACUCCUUUGAGAGGAGCUUCAAAAAGCAGCCCUCGUUCGAGUACACCUUCAAGAAGCAGCUCUCCUUUGAUAACUCCACAAAGAAGCCACAGAGCUCCUUCGACAACGUCUCCCGCUCUUCCAGUCUGGAGAGGAGGAAGCCGUGGGUGAGCUCCAGGCACCCGGCGGCCCCGUCGUCACCCAGGAGACAAACUCCUGCAUCUCCGGCCAAGGGGCCGAGCGCCCAAGCAGCGUGUUCCAGCUCCCCUCAAAGAAUUUUAACAACAAAACCACCGAAGACAAAUCUAGGCAGCGGGAUUCCCAAACCUGUAACUCCCGUGGACAACAAGAGGUCCUCGCCUCCUGCUAAGCCCAAAAAUGCCCGUCCAAAAAUCAUCACAUGUGUGCGCAAGAAUCCUCAAGGAUCUGACGUCUCUCAUACCAGUCCGCCGACUCAUGUAGAUCCAAGGGUUGGACCUUCUCAUAAGGGCUCCUACUUUGACAAGUACAGGCAGGAGUUGUCUGGACCUGCUAGCCACCAUGAGGACACACAUGGGAAAUGUCCCCAGGAGCAGAACAACCCUGAAGAUGGAGGCUACCGCUCCCCCAGAGCGGCAAAGCCUCAGCUGGGCUUGGGCGCCGUCACCAGACAACCUGCAGCCAAAACACGACCCCUGCCAGCAGGUCUUAGAGAGUCCCCAGGGGACCAUAGAAGGACUGGUGCAGAGACCUCCCCCAGGAACCUCCUGACCAAACCGGGACAAACUGGUCUCCGUCCUCCUGGCUUCUCCACACUUCCAGGUGCACGAAACACCACCGUGGGCGUCGGCAGAAGUGCAUCUUCGAUGUCCGGCAGCCAGAUCAACGAUGACAACCCCUGCCGAACUUCUCAGCCUCCUAAAAAGGAAGCCAAGGAUGUGGAAAAGUCUCCUGCCCGCGGGCGGUCGACGGUCCAAGCGUCGGGGGCCCAGCGGGCGCAGGAGCUGGACCGGGCCCUGAUCAAGCUGCUGAGGGAGCGCUGCGAGCAGCAAGGCCGGCAGCUUCAGAGUCUUCAGGCCCAGUUGAAGAAGGCGUCGCUGUGCAUGAACGUCCUCGCCAUCACCACGCAGCACUUCUGUCGCAAGGGCGAGAGCGCUGCCGUGAGGGAAGGGGAGCUGUCCCGCGAGCUCGCCAGGAUCAGGGAUGAAGUGGCUUUCAGUGUGUCCCACUGGGAGCAGCUGCAACGGGAGAAGCAGGAACUGGAGCUGCAUUUUGAGGCGGAACUUCAGGGCCUGCGGGCUCAGCAGCAGAGCGAGCUGGGAGCCCUGGAGGAGCGGCUGAGGUUGCAGCACUCGGCCGAGACCAGGAGCCUGAGGGACCUCCAACGCGCCCAGCUGGACCACCUGAGGGGGCAGCAGCAGGAAGAGAUGGAGGAGCUGGAUGAAAACCACCAGGCGUCCCUGGCGGAGAUGGAGGCCGCUCACAUCGACACGCUGGCCACCCUGCAGGAGGAGCACGCCAGGACUGUGAAAAACCUGAAGAUGGCCCACGAGCAGCAGAGGAAAUCUCUGGAGGAAGGCUUUGAGAAGAUCAGACUUUCCUUACAGGAUCAAGUGGACAUGCUGACCUUCCAGAACAGAAGCCUGAGGGAUCGAGCCAAGCGUUUUGAGGAAGCUCUCCGCAAAAGCACAGACGAACAGAUUGUGGACGCCUUAGCGCCGUAUAAACACAUCGAGGAGGACCUCAAAAGUCUGAAGGAAGUCCUGGAGAUGAAGAACCAACAAAUCCAUCAGCAGGAGCUGAAGAUCACAGAGCUGGAGAAAAUACAGGCUGAAAAGAACGCUCACCUGGAGGAGCGGGUGCAGCUUCUACAGCAGCAGAACGAGGACCUGAAGGAACGCAUCGACAAGAACCUUGCCGUGUCCAGACAACUGUCUGAGGAGAACGCCAACCUGCAGGUGAACGUGGAGAAGGAGAGCACGGAGAAGAAACGUCUGAGUCGCACCAACGAGGAGCUGCUGUGGCGCCUCCAGACGGGCGAGCUCAGCCCCCGCGUGUCGCCCAGCUGCUCCCCCGUCCGCCGGCCGCCCUCGGUACCCGGCUCGCCUGCCCGGCCGCACUCCUACCACCAAUGACCUUCAGGCGCUUCCGGCUGGCCGCCCGUCGGUGGUCACUUGACUCUUUUUUUUUUUUAAAGAAGCCCCCCAGUGGUGCGUUUGUAUGACUACUUUGGGCGUGUUGUCGCUCUUUUUUAGUCAUCCAACACUCAGGACGAUGUAAAUACAGCAUGCUGGCUCUCUGCCGUCCAUUUUCUUCCACCAGCGACCUCCACCAAGGCCCAAAGCGUCACGUUUGUCAACCUUUUCAUCACCACACGUGACCUCUUUUACUGUCUUAGCAAGCAAAGGAGAGGACACGGGUGCCUUGCUCAGGGGCGCCGCAGGAAUCGAACCUCUGGGAUCCUUCAGUGAUGUUCCAUGUUUUAUUCCCAUGUUCACACAAACACGGGUAUUUGACCUCUUUGUCUUCUUCUUCAGUGUGGCCACGUGAUCAAAUCAACACUUGAUGAUGAUUAGAAGCCAAAUCUGAGGUGUGGACAUUUUCAUUGUUGUCGUGUUUCAGCGUGUGAAUGUCCGAGGAACAAAACAAUAGCUUUUGGAUGAAAUGAAAUUCUGCAGGUCGAUAAUGAAUGAUAAUUAUAUGGCAGGAAAGCGUUUGUAUCAAGUGCGUGAAUAUUUGUAUUUCCUAUAAUGAUAUAUCAGCCAUGCAGACUUUUUAACAUUGCUUUUUUUCAUCAUAGUUUAUUGUAGAAGCAGUGAGCUAUGAAGAACUAUUGAGAAGAUUGCGAUAAAAAAAUAAUUGAAAAAAUAUGUGGAAUGUUAUAAAGGAGAGGAACAUCCGUUUUGCAAGAAAAAAAUUGUCACAAGGAAAAUAAACGUUUUUUGAGAAGAAA